AUGGCAAUGGUGGAUGGAGAGUAUCUGAAGGAGAUAGAGAGGGCUCGCAGAGACCUUAGGGCCCUCAUUUCCAGCAAGAGCUGUGCCCCCAUCAUGCUUCGCUUAGCGUGGCAUGAUGCGGGAACUUAUGAUGCUAAAACAAAGACAGGAGGUCCUAAUGGCUCAAUUAGGAACGAGAACGAGUACAAGCAGGCAGGAAAUAGGGGCAUGAAAAUUGCGAUUGAUCUUUGUGAAGACGUAAAAGCUAACCACCCCAAAAUAUCGUAUGCUGAUCUUUACCAGCUUGCUGGCAUUGUAGCAGUUGAGGUCAGUGGAGGCCCUACUAUUGAUUUUGUCCCAGGUAGAAAGGAUUCCACUGUUGCUUCUGAAGAAGGGCUUCUUCCUAAAGCCGAAGAAGGUGCUUCACAUCUAAGGGACAUAUUCUAUCGAAUGGGUCUAUCUGAGAAGGAUAUUGUAGCAUUAUCAGGGGGUCACACAUUGGGAAGGGCUCAUCGUGAGAGAUCGGCAUUUGAAGGGCCUUGGACAAAAGAGCCUCUGAAAUUUGACAAUUCUUAUUUUGUGGAGCUUAUUAAAGGAGAUUCGGAAGGUCUCCUAAAACUUCCUACUGAUAAAGCUCUGCUGGAUGAUCCUGUGUUCCGGAGUUAUGUCGAACUUUAUGCUAAGGAUGAAGAUGCAUUCUUCAGAGAUUACGCAGCCUCACAUAAGAAACUCUCGGAGCUUGGAUUUACUCAUCCUUCGGCCAUGAAGAAAAUAUUGGCAAAAACUGCUAUUGUUGCAGCAGUGGUGAUCUUGAGUUACUUGUAUGCAAUAAACAGAAGCGCCAAUUAA